AUGGGUCGAAAUUAUCAUGGCGAUGGAAACGUUGAUCGUCUUUUGGAUGCAUUCUGUAAUUACCAGUAUUCGAAAAACCCAUCACAGGAUAGCGAUCCACAACACUGGGAUCAUGCUCUGUUGUUCUCAGGAUAUGACCUUUAUCGUGGCGAUUUGCGAACAAUUGCUGGAUAUGCAGCUGUCAAGGGAAUGUGUACAAAGGAGCGCAGUUGCACAAUUAACGAAGGUCUCGAUUUUGGAUCUGUCUUCGUCGUGACUCAUGAACUUGGACAUAGUCUUGGAAUGUAUCACGACGGCGAUAAUCGUUGCGAUUUACAUUGCUGCAUUAUGUCACCAACUGUUGGCAGUGGUAAAACAUCAUGGUCAGCAUGCAGUGUACGAGAAAUGAAUAUAUUUGUAAUGCAAUUGGGCCAAAGAGGACGACCAAACAAUUGUCUGAUGGAUGGCUCGCAUCCAUCUGAAAGCUCAAUCAUGAAUGUCCCAUCAGGACAAGAAUUCACUUUGGACGAACAAUGUACCUUCUUUCAUGGAGAUUGUUGGAGGCAUGAACUGAAAGAUGGACAAAAACUGAGCUGGCAAGAGUUCAUGCUCGACAAAAACCGUGCAAAAUUGCUCUGUGAUCAUUUAGCAAUAACUGAACUUGACAAAUUCAAGUGGUGCAUGGAGGGAAAGUGCGUUCAAGCAAAACCGAGUGCGAUAAGGAAAGUGAACGGUGGAUGGAGUGCUUGGCAUGACAACGGUGGUUCUUCGUCGUGUACAUCUGAAUGUGUUCCGUGUUCUAUCGCCGGUCAAAUUCGUGUUCGAAGGUCAACGAGACAAUGCAGUAAACCAUAG